CAUUUAUUAGCUACAGUAUAUAUAUCGUGCUAAAUUUCGUUCUGGAUAGUUUAACACGAUCAAACGUGGCGGUAGAUAUGACUUAGUGAUACAUAAAAGUACCCAAUAUCGUCAACUUACAUACAAUUUGGACUUAGAAGGUGUCGCAUUUUCAAGGCAUUUAGUGUAUUUGUUUUGCAGAAUAAGUUUCAGUAUCAUCGGAAGUCAGAAAGGAUCAAGGAAUAUGGUAGCGUUAAAUGAUAAUAACAAAAUGUCAAAGCAGACUUCAGGAUUCGAUAACUAUGCUUUUGAAAAGGAUUCGCAGGAAGAGCGAAAUAAACAGGAAUGCGUAGUAGAGGGCCCACCGGAAAAGGAAAAUGAACCGGAAACGUCGGAAGGUGUAUUGGAAGAGGAAAGUAAAUCUGAAAAAUCAGAAAUUAGCUUUUUGGUAGUGGAAGUUGAACAACCGGAUACAAGGGCAGUGGAAAUGCAAAGUAAACAAGAAACAUCAGAAGGUGAAAUAGAAAACGAACAGAAAAACUCGGAAAAGAUACCAUUGGGAAUAGUUGAAAAGAUCAGAAGACUGUUCAUUGGAUUUAGAAAAAUUGAGAAAGUAGAAAAUUUACCCGAAAGACCAGAAAAUCUAUCAGCGGAUGGAAAAGCUGCUGAGUUGGCGAAAAGUCCGCAAGUAGAAAUCAGUUUGGAAGACCCUGCGGAAGUAGAAAAUAAAUCGGAAAACACAUGGAAAGAGGGAAAUGGACCGGAAAGAUCAGAAGAAGGCCCAGUGGUUGCAGAAAAUAAUCUAGACAGGUCGCAGACGCAAAGAGCUCAAUGGGGUCGCGGUACAGAAUUUUUGAUGUCGUGCAUAGCCAUGUCCGUGGGCCUGGGAAACAUCUGGAGGUUCCCUUUUGCUGCGAAGAAAAAUGGAGGAGGUGCCUUUUUGAUACCGUAUCUAAUAGUUCUUAUUGUCAUUGGACGCCCAAUGUACUACAUGGAGAUGUCCAUCGGACAAUUUACCAGUAAAGGGAACUGCAAGAUGUUCAGCAAACUCUCACCAAUGUUCAGGGCUAUUGGAUAUGGUCAAGUGAUUGGAGCAUUCUCGGUGGCCACCUACUAUUGCAGUAUCAUGGCUGUAACAUUGUACUACCUAUUCGCUUCUUUUACCUCUGAAUUCCCAUGGUCAACAUGUAACGAGUCUUGGAUUAACUACACCGAAAAGAAUGGAGAAGUAUGUAUCGACAAAAACACUAAUCCGUUUGACCAGACGUUGACGAAGACUAUAAGUUCAUCUGAAUUAUUUUUUAGUAUCGUUCCCUCCAAAUCCCCUUUUUUCAGAAUUGACGUACUGAAGCAGAAAGACGAUAUCAGCGACGGCAUUGGGAUCCCGGACUUGAAGCUCACACUUUUUCUGGUUCUAGCAUGGCUGAUCACAUUUAUUCUAUCAGUGAGGGGCAUCAAGAGUUCCGGGAAAGCCUCCUACUUCUUAGCAAUAUUCCCUUAUGUUAUCUUGAUUGUCUUGCUCAUAAAAGCGCUUACCUUGGAAGGGGCUACAGAUGGAAUACUCUAUUUUAUAGAAACGGAUUGGACGAAGCUUUUGGAAGCACAGGUAUGGUACGCAGCUGUAACCCAGUGCUUCUUCUCUCUAAAUGUGGGAUUUGGAACGAUUAUAAUGCUCUCGUCCUACAACAGUUUCAACCACAACAUUAAUAGGGAUGCUUUGAUCAUAACAACUUUGGAUACGUUCACCUCCUUGUUAUCUGGUGUAACCAUCUUUGGAAUAUUAGGAAGCCUAGCUCACGAAAUGAAUGUUGAACCCAGUGAAGUUAUUUCACAUGCGGAUGGAACUAGCUUAGCUUUCAUUUCGUACCCUGAAGCUAUUUCCAAAUUUACUGCUGUACCAUGGCUAUUUGCCAUCAUGUUCUUCUUCAUGUUGUUCAUCCUUGGACUAGGAAGUUUGCAGGCAUUACAAGGUACUCUUAAUACUGCCGUCAAAGAUGCCUUCCCUACUAUCGCUAUGUGGAAAAUAUCCGCAUGCACAGCUACACUCUGCUUGCUCAUCGGAUUACUCUACAUGACACCAGCAGGACAAUAUAUUCUGGACCUGGCUGACCAUUUUGGAGGCACAUUUAUAAUUUAUACCUUUGCCAUUCUUGAGGUCAUCGUCAUUUGUUGGUUAUAUGGUGUUGAGAAUAUAUGUAUCGACAUAGAAUUCAUGACAAAGAAAAAGGUGGGGAUAUACUGGAGAGUCUGCUGGGCAAUACUGAUGCCUGUCUUGUUGAUUCUUAUUUAUAUUUACUUCAUCUUCACGCAGAAGCCUCUUGUAUAUGGUGAUAAUAAGUCAUACCCAAUAGAAUUGCAAGUCUUUGGAUGGAGCAUUCUUGGUAUUGGAGUACUCCAAAUGUUCUUCUGGAUCGGUUAUUAUCUUUACGCAAACCGAAGGUUUUCUGCCAAAGAGAUGUUGAGAAGGACAUUUUCAACAGAACAUUGGGGACCUGAUAGCAAGGAAAGAACAGAGGAAUGGAAACGAUACAAAGAAGCCUUGAUAAGGGAGAGAGAACCGAUAAAAGGAAACUGGUUUAAAAGGAAAGUCGCGGUACUCGUGGGAAGAUAAUUUUUUUAACAAUACUUAUAUUAGUCUGUGAUAAUCGCAAUAGCAUGAAAAUUCACUUAAGGGAAUUUCAUUAUUCUCAAAUUGGCUAAUAUAAAUUAUUACGAGUGCUAUAGUAUUUUUGUGUU